CUCAUCCUAUAUAAGUCACUAAGCAGUUCGAAUGUGCCAGAGUUCCGUUAAAAUGAUGUUCGGAUCAUUACCAACACUGGUUAAAGGACUAUGUCUGAUUCUCUACUUGAUCCAUAACUGUAAUGGAAAGCGCCGCUGGGACUACGAGCCCAUUUCAGUGGAAACUUUUAGCAGUGACGAAAGCAAGUUAAAAAUGACGGCCAAGAUCGAUCGGGUGAAGCGGGGGGAGUUUGCAGUUUCGGCCAUAGUGGAUUUGAAAUACGUUACAGAUGAUACCACCAUGGUGGAGGCCAUAGCCCAGAGAAGUUCUUCCGGUGACGAAAGCGACUACAAGAUGAUUCCCUUCAACAUCCCCAAACAGCCGCUCGAGGACUUCAUGAACACCCACUAUAAGGAUGUGGUGAUCAAGAACCUGGGCGACUGCUCCAAUCUCAUUAAGUUUGAGGGCAAAUUCGAGCCGCCAAUGCCCCAGCAGGUCUACACUCUGGACAAGUGCGUGGCCGACAGUGAUGGCUUCCCGGAAGUCGUUCCCGAAGGUUACUACAGGAUCAUUAUGAACUUUACGGGUCCCGUGGACUGGGGCUUCGUCCUAGUGGUGAAGAUAUUCAAUAAAAUGCUGUGAUUGUUCGAAGUUCGGACUAUGUUUAUCCAAAAAUA